CGAACUCUUGUAAGCAUAUUCAAAUCUCAGAAUCACUCCAGAAAAAUAAAAGAAUUUCUCCAGAGAUCAUGGGUGAACAAAUUCCGGCAACGAAGUCCGUCGGAGGCCGGGGCAAGGCUAAAUCCAAGGCAGUCUCUAGAUCAUCCAAAGCCGGCCUCCAGUUCCCCGUUGGCCGAAUCGCCCGUUUCCUCAAGAAAGGCCGUUAUGCUGAACGUGUUGGGUCUGGCUCGCCAGUUUACCUUUCCGCCGUCCUCGAGUACCUCGCCGCCGAGGUUUUGGAGCUCGCUGGAAAUGCGGCGAGGGAUAACAAGAAGAAUCGGAUUAUUCCGAGGCAUAUUCAGCUGGCUGUGAGGAAUGACGAGGAGUUGAGCAAGCUGCUCGGAUCUGUUACAAUCGCGAACGGCGGCGUGUUGCCUAAUAUUCAUCAGAAUCUUCUGCCGAAGAAGACAGGUGCUGGUAAAGGAAAGGGUGAAGGCGGAUCUGUUUCUCAAGAAUUUUAGUUGUAUCUGCGCUUAGGUUCUUCUUAGAUAUCUAGUUUAGUAGUUGUUUUGGUGGUUGGAACUUGGAAUCGUCAUUUCAGAAGAAAAUGAAUAUUUUGUUGAUAUGAUCAUGAUGUAAAGUUUGUGGGCAUUUGGUUGACAUGAUCACGAAUAUUUACCAA